AAGCAAGCACGACUGGUAUUGAUCAAUCAAUCGUCAACAAAUCCUUCUUGGUAGAUCCUUCUCAAGAGAGGCAUAGUAGCAUUCAGCAGAGCAAAACUGUUUUCACCUGUCGUACUCGAUCGCUGCUGGAUACCUUUGAAUCUAUCGUAUCUUUUGCCUGCUAGAGCGGCAAGGAGAAGCGAGUGAUUUAGUUCGACAGUACUUGUACGGUGUGAGGACUGGAGCGAUCUAUCGAACGACUCAGCAAAAACCAAGUCAGGAUAACACAAUGACCGAUACCGUCCUAGAAGAAGUCUGGACCGAAGUCCAGCAACGAAAAGCCGAUGCCACUGGCGAAGGCGACGGGAACAGUGAUUCAGAAUCGCCGCCAUUAAUGAACCACCUGAAAAAUGGGUACACGACGGACGAGGCUUCCCAGGUGCGAGAAUCCGUCCACGAGGAUUGCUUCAACGUCGUUCCCCCUCCCGUGGAUUGUCCUGCCUGGCUGUGCAUCGUUUUGCCCUGCAUCAACCACCUGAAAUCCAUGAAGGCACACAAGAAUUGCAUCCCGGAAGACGCCGAGGUGUUGCGAAACGGCAGAUGGAUCCGAUACGACGCCGCGUCCCUGGUCCUUGGAGACGUGAUCCGGCUGGAAGAAGGGGACGUUGUCCCCGCGGAUUGCGUCAUCGCGGCGGACGAAGGAGAGCUGUUGGUCGAUCUCAGGGUGGUGACGGGACAAAGCCGCCCGAAGCAGGUGAGCGGUAUCAACGCUAAGCGACGGGACCAGCGCACCCUGCUCUUUGGUGGAACGGUCGUCCAGGGGCAUGCCACCGCGCUGGUGACCGCAAUCGGUACGGAAACCACGCUGGGACAGCUGAUCAAGAACGGCAGGUUUCCGGUUCCGGAAAAGGAGAGCGACGACAUGGAAGAAACCAUCAUGCUUACCGAAGACUCGACCAUGAGAACGAUGGAAAUGGGAACCAUGUCCUAAAACGGAACCGAACGGAGCGGAACCGAACGUUGCGUUCCAUCGAUUCACAGAGUAGCGGUCAUUUUUGAAUUUGUAAUACAGUAGGAAGCAUCUUUGAUCAAAGCAAUGUUUUUCCGGCGUAAAUAAACCACAUUCCUCAACUAGUGGUACCACACCAAAGUUUCCUGCGCUUGGCACACCAUCCAGAGUUACAAGCAGAGUAAUGUGUUCUUGAUUUUAUACAAUUUGAAAAACAUUGAUUGAGAGUAAUUCAUCUAUCUAUACUACUAUUUACUCAAAGGAAAAGUCUGAUAUAAUUUUUGAAAUAAUUUGUGCUUGAUAUC